AUGGUUUUCGUAGAGGUCAUUCUUGGUGCAUCCCUUGGUGCAUGCCUUCAAGUACUAUUUGACCGGUUAACGAAGCUCAAAUUGCCGAACUUUGCCUGCCAAGAGGGAGUUCAAGAAUGGUUGGAGGAUUGGAAGGAAAAAUUUUCACAAGUUCAGAUGGCGUUUAAAGAUGCACCUGAGGAACAUUACACUAAAGAACUAGUGAAAGCAUGGCUUACUGAUUUCACACAAUUGGCAUACGACGUGGAAGAUAUUCUGGAUGAGCUGUCCACGGAAGCUAAUUCGCAGCGCAUGUUGAUUGACGAAAAUCGGGCUGCAGGCACGAGUAAGGUACGGAAUCUUGUCACUGCUUGUGUUACCGGUUUGUCUCCAAGUACUGGUGUUGAUUUGAGGAGUGUGAUGAGAAAAAUGAAAGAGGACAUCACUCCUCGAUUAGAUGAACUUAUGGCACGAAAAGAUAAACUGAACUUAGAUAAAAAUGUUGUUGGGACGGUAAACACAAGAACAAAGAAAACGCCUUCAACUUCUUUGGUGCGGAACACAGAUCACAUGUAUGGCAGGGAGGAGGACGCAGAGGCUGUACUUAAAUUAUUGCUCAGUGAUGCUGCUUCAACUGAAGUAAACGUGAUUUCUAUAAUUGGUAUGGUGGGUAUAGGCAAGACAACACUCGCCAAGUAUAUAUACAAUGAUAAAAAAGUGAAAAACUUUUUUAAUCUGAAAGCAUGGGUCUAUGUUUCUAAAGAUUUUGAUGUUGAGGCGAUUACAAAAACAAUAUUACUCCAGGCGCAACCUGAAAUCAACUGUAACAACAUGGAUCUGAAUCGGCUGCAACUCAAACUCAGAGAGGCAAUACGUAGGAAGAGGUUUCUAAUUGUUCUGGAUGAUGUUUGGAAUCGUGACUCUUUUCAGUGGACUCUCCUGUGUGCUCCUUUCGAAGCAAUGGCUCCAAGAAGCAGCAUUAUCAUCACAACUCGUGAUCAAGAAGUCUCGUCACGGAUGACCGCCUUUAAAGUUAAACCUUACAGCGGUAAAAGCUGUCGGAAGCCUCUUACACAAUAA